CGCUAGCAUUUCUAUACAUAAGCAGUUCUAGGCAAACCCAAUUUCAGUUCGCUCAACGUCGUGAAUUGGGUCAGAUCAUUGCUAUGAGUUUGGUUGGAAAAGUUGUUAUUGUGACUGGCGCUAGUGCUGGUAUUGGUGCUGCGACUGCUGUGGAAUUUGCCAAGCAAGGCGCAAAAGUUGUGCUCGUCGGUAGGAAUAGAGAAAAAUUGCAGCUGAGUGUUGCAGCCUGUAGAGCAGCGCAUAAGAAAACUGAAAUAUUACCGAUCGCCGCAGACGUCACAGUGGAUGCGGAGCGUAUAAUUAACGAAACAAUUGAUAAAUUCGGCAAAUUGGAUGUGUUGGUGAAUAAUGCGGGUAUUUUCGAAGUUGGUGGCAUAUUGGACGUAGACGUCGAUCAAUAUGAUAGACUUUUCAAUACCAAUGUGCGUGCGGUUUUCCUUUUAACCAAAUACGCUGCACCGCACCUGAUCAAGACACAAGGUAAUAUCGUGAAUGUAUCCGGUAUUGCGGGACAACGUGCUUUUGCUGGCAUCACGCUUGGUGGCACAUCGAAGGCGGCACUUGAUCAGUUCACACGCUGUAUUGCCUUGGAUUUGGCGCCGCAUAAAGUGCGUGUAAAUGCUGUGAGUCCUGGUGUUAUUGCAACGGAUAUACAUGCAGGCAUAGGCUUGUCACCACAGCAACUUGUCGAAUACUUUGAACAAUCUGCGAAAACACAUGCACUGGGACGCAUUGGUCAGCCAAAGGAGGUUGCGGAUUCAAUUAUUUUCUUAGCUAGUGAUGCGGCUAGCUUUAUAACAGGUGCACUAAUACCGGUUGAUGGUGGUAAGCACGCCAUGUGUCCGCGUUAGUUAUAUGUAAAUGUGUGGUGAAAUGCAUAUGUAUGUAUGUACAUAUAUAAAUGUGAUGUUGCAAAUUUAAUUAAUAUUUUUUAUUUAAAUUUAUAUUGAAAAAAACAUAUAUGCGAAAUAAAAAAUCAAACCUCAACUAAAAAAA